AUGGAGGACUCGGAGCCAAUAUACAACAUAGCGCGCAAGUGCGAGAAAUUAUUCAAUGAGCAUACGCCGAAUGAUCCGCCCUCGGUUAUCGAUAAUCUGCUUCAGGACUACCAACAGCGAUUCUUAGCGUGGACGGCCUAUAUGGGGGUUUUCGCCGAUACAUCUAUCAGCCUCGACCGGCGGCUAAAGGAUCAAUCGGAUAUCUGUGACCUCAUCAUCCGACUCUUUGAUAUACUAGAAGAGGCCUUAGAUCACCUUACAAAUUGCAAUGGAUUCUCUGAGAGUCAUACCGACGCAAUGGAUCUCGGUUCCAACGAAUCCUGUGAUGAGAGUGAUGAUUCGUCGGAAACAAAUGAUCUAAUAGAAGAUAUCGAGACAUCUUUAGUCCGACUUUCUCAUCUUGGCACGAUGAUUCGAAAAUACUCUACUACGAGUAGAACGGCUCGCAUCCGUACUUUUGCUGAGCAGUCGAAUCUCAGUGCUUUCGAAAACCUCGCUCGAUUGGCAGUUGAUACUUUGUAUCCUGGUGCAAACGAGAGCCUUCGGAUCCAGCUCACUAGAUCAAUGUUUGAGACCUGUGCAGGUGUUCUCUACAAAAGGUCUCACCAACAAAGGAUGAACACUCCUAGGCUAAUUCAAGAACCUCAGAUGCCGACUGUCAACGAAGAGCUGCAAGAAACUGCCUCUCAUACAGAAAAGAUGAAGACUCUAAUUAUAUCUGAUCCCUUAUCUCUUGGUCUACAGAAAUCGCCCCAUAGAGCAAACCAGACCGGGAACUCAGUAGCACUAGAAUCAGCACCUUCAACCCUAGAUUCUCUCCGCACAAAAGUACUUAAGAAAUUGCUCGACCCUCCCUCCAAGAUAAAAUCAGACUGUGGAAUCUCGUCCGUCCAAGUUGGCAAAGUUACCUAUCCCCGUCCACCCCAAACAGGAGAUUCAGACUAUCGUACAUGCGAAUGGUGCCUCGAACUUCACCCGCGUUCUCUAUUCGAAGAUACGAAACGUUGGAGUGCCCACAUCGAUAAAGAUUUUGAGCCUUAUGUUUGUCUUUCGGAAAGUUGUAUGAAUGAGACGACAUUGCCCUGCUACGCGACAUUUAGAGAAUGGCUUGAGCACAUGAAUACUGUCCAUACAACAAGAUGGCAACAGGAAAUUCACAAACCCGUUUUUUGGGUCUGCAGUUUUCAACAUUCGACUCAAUACUUCAAUACUCUUGAAGAGUUACACAGGCAUAUGAAAGAGUGCUAUCCUGAUAACUUUGCAACAGGUCUUUACACAAUAGCAAAAAAUAGUCACAUAAAGCGCCCUCGAUCAAGGAACAUUUGCCCGCUAUGUUGUCGGGAAUUAGCGAAUAAUAAAGGUAAAAACACACAGGUUGGGGCCACUUCACGUAAACGGCGGAAGAUACGGGAUAACGAGGGCGACAUAUUGAACUAUAGUGCUACACCAGAAUCCCAAGAGUCUAGCGUUGAUGAACAAGAUGUUGAAUCUCCAGAAAUCUCAAUGGCUCGGCACAUUGCUGAGCAUCUACAAAUUUCAAUGUUUUUGGCGAUUCGGUUAAUUCGAUGCCAGUCUCAGGAUGAUGAAUGUAUCAAAUGCGAAGAAAGUUGCGUCGUUGAUAGUGGUGAUCGAUCUACCACCAAUUCCGGGGCAUCCUGGUCCCCGGGGACCUCAACUGCAAGAGAUAGUUUCGACGAAAGUUUCAAUGAAGAAAAACAAAAAUCAACUGAUGACGGCAGCUACGAACAAGAUUAUGUGAUAACAGUGGAGACUGACCUCCCUAGUGGGGAGGGGAACGAAGGGGGGGAGGAAGGGAGAGAAGAGGACCAGACUUUGAAAAAAGAAGAUGAGAUCUUUGGUGGGGAAGGGGACGGAUUUGAAAAGGAGGGCGAGGCUAGUCAAGCGUUUCCUGAUGAUGCUUCUAGUAAUGAGGCCCUAUAUGGCCCCCAAACCAACAGUUCAUACCCAGGCGACGCCGAUGAUCCCAGAUACUCCACUGAGUAUGCCCCCUUCUACGCCUAUGAUCAACACCCCCUCCACGCCUAUGAUCAAUACCCCGACUACGCCGGCAUUCCACCCCCUGGCGCCUACGGUUCAUACUGGGGCCUCGCUGAUAGUCCACGCCCCAGCGGCUCCAGUUUAUACCCCCCACACGGAGGGUUCUCAGCGCCUAUAUCUUUUGGCCCAGGUUUAGAUCGUUUUGAAUGCUUGAAUCCAGGUUCUCAAACUGGGGAAGUUGAGGAAACUGUUUUCUCCCCACGUCAAGUACGGUGCAUCUUCCACUGGAUAAACUGCAAAUUUGAGUCUUCUAACUAUGAUGACUGGGUUGACCACAUAUAUUUUGCACAUUUUUCGCGACGAAAAAGCAGUGGGCAUGGUAGCGCGCCCGAUUUCGGGAGAGCGCCUACAUCGUGGACAUGCAGAUAUCACGGUUGUAAUAUGGUAAUGCGGGAUGAUAACCAUAGAUCUUUAUGGGACCAGAAAUUGGCUCACAUAUUCGGGCAUCUAUGCCGCGGAGGUGGAGAACCGGAGCAAAUACAUGAAGAUCUUGUUUGGUUGAAAUACUACAAGAGCAUGGGCUUGUGCUAUGAGGUCGAUGUUCUCGGUAUGCGGUCUCACCCACCGCCCCAGCGACCAUAUGAGCAGGGGUCUAUGUCAUGGAGAUGA